UCUUCCACUUUAUUCCUGACGCUGAACCACACCUCCCGGCCCAGCCAAUGACAAGUUCCCCCCGGGGUGUGAACUCACUGCCCCCCGCCCAGAGUCAGUGCCAGGAACCGGCGCCUCCCCGACACCGGCGGCCGGGAGCUGCAGCCAGAGCCGGGGAGCGGAGGCAGUGAGAGAGAGAGAGAGCGAGCUCCGAGCACACUGUAACCCGCUUCACCCACAGCAUGAUGUCUGAUGGCUUCCAGCAACUUGGAGGAGCCGAGCGUGUCACAUGCACCCUUAUCCUGUCUGUGUUCACUGCAGUACUGGGAUCCUUGCAGUUCGGAUAUAACAUCGGGGUUAUCAACGCACCCCAGAAGAUCAUCGAACAGAGCUACAAUGAGACAUGGAUGCGGAGACAGACGGGAGGAGAACAGCCACAGCCCAUUGACCAGGCCACCCUCACCACUCUCUGGUCCCUGUCCGUGGCCAUAUUCUCCAUUGGAGGGAUGGUCUCCUCUUUCCUGUUGGGGACCCUGGCCGAGUGGCUGGGCAGGAAGAAGGCCAUGCUGGUGAACAACAUUCUCGCUGUGACUGGAGGCAUUCUCAUGGGCUUGUCUCGAUACUGCCAAUCCUACGAGAUGUUAAUCCUAGGUCGCUUCGUGAUUGGAGCUUAUUGUGGUAUCUCCUCCGGUUUAGUUCCGAUGUACGUGGGAGAAAUUUCGCCCACGAGACUACGAGGGACACUGGGAACGUUACACCAAUUGGCCAUUGUGUCAGGCAUCCUUAUCGCUCAAAUCUUCGGCCUGGACGUCAUCCUGGGGACGGAUGAACUUUGGCCUCUACUGCUGGCUGUGACAGUGUUCCCUGCCGUUCUGCAGGCCAUGCUCCUGCCACUGUGCCCGGAGAGUCCGCGCUACCUCUACAUCGUCCGCAACCAAGAGGGCAAGGCCAAAAAGUGUUUGAGGAUGUUGACAGGGAGACAGGAUGUUACUAAGUCACUGAUGGAGAUGAAGGAAGAAAAGAGGAAAAUGGACAUGGAGCCCAAGGUUACCAUAGCUCAGCUGUUCAAGAUGGCGUCGUAUCGCCAACCCAUCUUCAUCGCAAUUAUUCUUCAGCUCUCCCAGCAACUGUCUGGAAUCAAUGCCGUUUUUUAUUACUCGACCAGCAUCUUCACUGGUAUGGGCAUCCAGCAGCCGGUCUACAUCACCAUUGGUGUUGGGAUUAUCAACACUGCUUUCACGGUGGUCUCUUUAUUCCUGGUGGAGAGGAUGGGACGUCGGACACUCCACCUGCUGGGAUUGGCUGGAAUGAGCGGUUGUGCAUUCACCAUGACCAUUUCCUUGGCAUUGCUGGAGAAGCUGCCGUGGAUGAGCUACAUCAGCACAGUCGCCAUCUUUGGUUUUGUGGCCUUCUUUGAAGUGGGCCCAGGUCCAAUCCCAUGGUUCAUUGUGGCUGAACUCUUUAGCCAGGGGCCACGGCCAGCAGCGAUGACCAUUGCUGGAUUCGCCAACUGGACCUCGAACUUCAUCGUGGGGAUGACCUUCCAAUACAUUGUGGAGCUGUGUGGUCCGUUCGUUUUCCUUAUCUUUGCCUUCCUGCUGAUCGGCUUCUUUGGCUUCACCUACUUUAAGGUGCCGGAGACUCGGGGAAAGACAUUUGAUGAGAUUGCCGCCUCUUUCCGCAGAAACCCUUCUCUCCUGGACCAGGAAUUCAAGCAGAACAGCACUGAACUCGAAUACCUUGAUGAUGACUCCAGUGUGUGAGAGCAUGAGCGCGAGAGUGAGAGAGAAAGGGAAGGAGUGAACGUGAAAGUGAGGGAGCGAAUAAGAGGCGAGAGUUUAAACUCAGCCUCACGGUUCACUUUAAAUGGACGCUUUAGCAGCUGUUGUGGCUCUCCACUGUUAAAUUAAAAAGUGUUGUGUGUCUUUUUUUUUAAA